GUCUCUCCCAGCUUAUUGAGCUUAACAAAAUAAUUCACUUGAGGCGAUGAUCUUGGGAGAAAAAUACGUCGUGCGCAGUCUUUUGUGCUGCGCGAUCGUGAACGGACAUAGAGCAAAAAACGUACAAGAGGACGGUUUUAAAGAGGAUAAAGUGCAAUGAGGAUUGACCUGAAGGUCCUACUGAUGACGAGUGUCUUGCUGGCGGCACUUCAGGGUGCCACAGCUAAGCGCUCCAGCAUUGGUAGGCGGACAAAAUCAUCGUCAAGUGGGCGAUCCCAUUCGGGGAGGAAUAGCCAGCAGCAGCAGCAUCAUCACGUCGCCCCUGCACCGGCACCAAAGCCAGCAGCAGCACCACCUAAGCCCAUUGAAGCACCGAAAAAGGCAACAAAUGUCGCAGCAGCAGCACCAGCAGCCACAAAUCAACAGCCCAUUGGAUGGAAUGUGGGACGACAGAAUCCGAGUGCCCCAGUGGGACCACCUCCACCCUAUCCAGGAGCCGGGAGCAGUGGAGGUCACUACUAUCCAGGAAUGGGAGCAGCACCACCUGCUUAUUCCCCAAAGAAUGCCCAUCCACCACCCUAUUCAUCCCUAAAUCAUGGCCAGGGGCACUAUUCUCAGAGCUACUCUCCGUAUCAGCAGCAUGCUGCACCACAGAUGAAUCAUGCUGCAGAUUCGUCCAAAUUCUACGGACUUGGCCCAACGAACUUUGGUGGGCAGACGCAUGGGUACAAUCCACACAUGUCGUCCGGGUAUGGAGGCUAUGCUGGUCAUGGUGGGUAUGCUGGGCAUGGGGGAUCGCCCUAUGCAAUGGGGGGUCCUGCCUACUAUCCAGGAGCAGGAAUGGGAGGAUUUGGGGGAAUGGCAGCAGCUCCAAUGAUGGGUGGUGGUGGACUAUAUGGUGGCUACCAGAAGCCCAAAUCAUCCCUCUUCAGUCUCUCAAACAUUCUAACCGGUGUUGCGCUGUACGGCACCGUAAGGAGCCUCAGUGGGGGUGGCUGGGGAGGGGGUGGAUACGGCAGUGGCUAUGGCUAUGGGGGUCCACGUGAAGUUCACAUCUACGACCAUCGAGAUCGCGGGAAAGACGAUGAUAAGGCUGAAUCAACGGCCAUUCAACAAGCUAUUGGGGUACCAGUUGCAAAUGUCUCGUAUGUGGCCCCGACUGUUCCUGUUACACCCACUCCCUUGGCUCCCUAUCCCGCAACAGGAUCACCUGAUGCUGCAUCACCUAACGCGGGAACACCUGAUGCAGGACAAGCAGCCACUGCAGAGAUUCCUCAAGAGAAUUUCGAAGACUACCCUCCACAACCUAAAAUCUACUUUGGCUACGGAUUUGCCUACGGCUAUGGGGAAUAUGGAGUGAAUGAUGACUCCUCCUCAUCAAGUUCUUCAUCAUCGACGAGUUCAUCAGAAGAGGAAGUGACAAAAGAGCAGAUUAAGGAACAAACAACAACCGAGAAGCUCUCAACGGGAACAUCAGAAGAAAAUAAACCAGAAAAUUCAACUGAACCAUCAGCUGACCUCCUGACCACCUCCCAGGAAUUAGGGGAAGAAUCAUGAGGAGGGGAUGAUUUAUAAAAUUUUUUGUACCUCUGACAAAUUUUCAUGUAUUUUCUACAUUUUAUGACUUGUAAAACACCUGAAUUGUAAAUUAAAUUGAAAUAAAAUUUUAAUAGAAAUUUA